AGUGGCCAUGGGAGAAAGCACCAUGGUCAGAAUGCCGGUCUACGAUGGUCCAACUACGACAACAAACGUGAGGAAUGCAAUUCGCUGGGAAUAACAGCUAAGGGGACAGAGAGAGAGAGAGCAACAGAGAGAGAGGGAGAACCAAGAAUUGCAUUUCUAAAAAUAAUAGCCAUUUCUAACUCAACCGUUGGACACGUUUUGGAAUGUUCCCUUUGCCCGGUGCGGAUGUGUGAAGCUUGGUUCAUGAAGUAGUUUCCCAUCUAGCAAUCGAUAUUACGAUAUUACCGCUAUCGAAACCAAACCCAUGGGCAUGCCUAAAACAUGCCACACCGAACGUACGGGGCACUGAUUACGAGCCGUUUGCGUUUGCGCAAUCGGGUUUCGCUUCUUGGAAAGUGGGGAGGCAGGCCCUUAUCAACUGUUGUUUUUCCCGCGGCUUGGUGGUAGUGGUAGUGGAAAACCAGCUGGAGUUAGGACAGCACAAUCAGGAAAGAAACCAAAACCACCCCAAGAUGUAUGCAGGCCAUCCGAGCGAAUAUGUGUGCGUUCUUAUCAAAAAUGGCGACACACAAAAAAAGGAGAGAAAUGAAGAACAACAAACAAGCCUUUAGCAUCGAAGGUCGUUCCGCACGAUGCAAAAAUCAUCAUCGUCGAGAGGUCGUGAACUAGAACUGUGACAGUGUCCCGCACCGGACUGCAUUUCCCCCCUCCCUUAUCACAUACUGACAGGCUGCUGCUUCUGAUAGGAGAGACCGCGAACCAGUUUCGCGUUUUACAAUUGAUCGUCGGGACAGUUGUUGCAUGGUAAUUUUUGAAGAAAUGUGUUUCUUCCCCCUUUUUUCCAAAGAACCUUCUCCUCUUCCACUGAUAACCUUCGACGUGGGGCCGUUCGUGGCCAACUAUUUGUGCUGCCUGCGCUAAUCUGCUUCCGACCGGAUGCACCGAUGGUGGAUGGUGCCGGGAUGUGUGCGGCUGGUGAGAACUUUCGGGUUUUGUUUAUUUUUUUUAUUUUUUUGCUUCUUUCCGGCCUUUCUCAGAUUUUGAUUCCGGCUGCACAUAUGCGGCUUUGCUGAUAAGAUUAGCAGUAAGGGAAGGUUAAGUGCGUUGAGGUUAAAGCGUGCCCCAGUAGCAUGAGGACGGUUUAGCGUGGAGUGUUGCAUUUGUGCCAUCUGCUGGUUUUUACGCUCCGUGGCUGAUGGUGGCCAAUGGCCUAACAGUGCGCGCGCGCGCGUCCUCCAUUAUCACCAGACCAGUCGUGACCGAUAAGGUGGCGUAAUGGGUGAGCUUUUCCACCCUCCCGCGAUAGCGAUAAGCGCGAAACGUCAACGGUGUCGCGAGCUGGCCGUGUGUGAGUGUGAUAUGUUAUCAGGUUUGCCUAUGGACAGAUGAUAGCUGCCGGACUCCCGGUUUUCUUUUUUGUUGCUGUAGUAGUGCCGUAAAGAAGCCACAGCACAAUGCGACGAGUUGUUUAUUGUGCUACGCAAAUUAGUUAACAAAACGGAAAUAUGGGGUUUAAAACUUUCAAAGUCUGCUGCCAACACGUAUACUACUUUCGUAAAGAAGCUUACGAGAUUGGUGGUGUGCUUUCUGGAGCGCGCCCAAGACUCCGAUCCGACUCCGGCUAUUUUUAGUCCAAUUCCGAGUCGUCCGAAGUUGGCCGGUGUCGUCUGAAGUCGUCCAGAGUCAUCCGAUUCUGAGUCUGGUAAACUCGGAGUCGUUUGGAGUCGUCUUGAGUCGUCCGGAGACAUCUCGUCUCAUCAGGAAUCAUCCGGAGUCACCCAGAUUCGUCUGGAGUGGCCCGGAGUCUUCUGGAGACACCCGGAGUCGUCUGGAGUUGACCGGAGUCGUCCGGAGUCAUCCGAAGUCGUAUGGAGUCACGUGGAGUCGUUCGGAGUCGUCCGGAGUCGUUCGGAGUCGUUCGUAGUCACCCGGAGUCUUCUGGAGUCUGAACCGUUCGCAGUCGGCAGGAGUCGCUCGGAGACGAAGUCAUGCCGAGUCGUCGGGAGACGGAGUAGUUCGGGGUCCGGAGUUACCCGGAAUCAGAGUCUGUUUAACUAGUUCACACAACGAAAUGAAAUACCUCCAGCCGACUCAGGACGACUCCGGACGACUUCAACCGACUCCGGGCGACUCCGGAAGACUCCAGACGACUCGAGAUGACUUCGGACGACUCCAGAUGACUCCGACUCUGGAAGACUUCGAACGAUUCCGAUUCCGACCGACUCCGAAUAACUCCGGAGACUCCAGAUGACUUCGGACGACUUUAGACGACUCCAGACGUCUCCAGAUGACUCCAAACGACUCCGACUCUGGACGACUUCAGCCGACUUCGGAUGACUCCAGCCAAUUCCGCACGACUCCGAGCGAUUCCGGACGGCUCCAGAUGAUUACAAAUGGUUCCGUGUAAUGCUGGGCGGAUCUACCUUCGUAAUUCGCCAACGGAUGUUUGCCAACUUUACCCAUCACUACUCGAGUUCCUUCGAGUUCUUGGUUUGAAAAGGACCAAACCUUCUUUCUUGAUCAUUUGCACUACAUACUAUCCCCAGCGGAGGUACAAAAGUUGAGAUAAAACUGUAACUUAAUUACUGCUGAAAGACGGCGAACGGUUGCUGAGGGAAAAAGUAGACGAUAGUGCCACUCACAUCAAAUUAUUCCUCCCGCUUUUUAUUCAAGCCAACGGGAUGCCACGUUCUGCAUAAUUCUCGCUUCGAUCGGGAAAAACUGCGAACGGAAUUUAAAUUGCCUCAUUAUAAAAGCAGCUCGAUAAGCACGUUAGGAGAUGCUUUCCAUCUCUUCUUUUCCUGUUUGCUGCGUAUAACUCAUUAGAAAUGAUAAAACGUGAAAUUACGAAUAAGUGAUAAAGUAAUGUGGUAUUUUGAAGGUAAUUCGAAGGCAUUGGUGUUAAUAAAAUGGCACAAAAAUAGGUAAAAAUAGUAUACCCAACUACAAGACAUUCAGCUCGAAAAAUGAAGCACAAAAAUUGUACUAAAACCGUCCAUACUUUAUGAACACUUUAUUACCCAAUCUGGCCGUGUUCUGACUGCCCCGAACAAAGUUGCCACACCUUUUGCACUCACUGUUAUAAAUGCGAUACACACACACACACACACACACGCGCCAUUACCAGUUGAUUGAACCAGCUUUUUCAUCUUAAUCUUGUCCAUUUAUCCGUACUUUUAGUGGACAGAUUUUCCAAUAACGGUUCGUUCGCACGCCAAAGCUUGUGCGGCGGCUGAGUCCGGGACGGGCCUUGGGGGUGGUGAGUUUUAUGUGCUGCGUCCAUUACCACCUUCACCAGGGGCGGCCGCUCCAGCAAGAGGAGGGACAGUGAAUUUGAUUAAAUAACUUAGCCAUCGGACAAGAUUACCGGAAGCGAGACGGCAGCAGCAGCGCAGAUGUUUGACGUUUGUACGCUGCACACGUUGAAGCACGCCGUUAUCAAGAUUCUUUUAUCGGACGUGAGCGUUAGCGACCGGGUGGUGGGCAACAUGGAGAGCGACACUCCUUGCCCUUCCCUUUUCAUUCCAUACUUUUGGGUCGCUAUGCUUUGUAUCAAAUGGGAAUGCAGUUCUUGCACUCUACCAGAGUGAGUGAGUGAGUGAGAGAGAGCGAGGAGUCGUAAAGCUGUGAUUAAUGCCCUUAGAAGCAUACUUUUCAUUGAUUUAUGCUAGCCCUAGCAAACAUAAAUGGAAAGCUUUUUAACACACACACACAUAUAUGCUUGCUCGACGGGCGAGCUUAUGUGCAUGUAAAUAUGAAUCAUUUUGGUGUGUGUUACCAUCUUUCACCAUCAAAAGUGGUAAAUGGGGGGGGGGGGGGGGGGGGUGUUGAAGAGGUGAAUUUUUAGUGAUUAACGACAUUAAAUGCCUAUUAAACAACCAUCCAAAUAGUUAUUCUUAAAGUCAGUUUGACGAUGAGUGGAAGAACAAUUCAAGAAAUUUAACUUUAAUUCAUAUUUCUAAGCAAUGCAAUGCAAAAAGGCUGUUUUUUAGAAAAUUAUUUAAAAUAAUUUGCUUCCCUGCACCAAGAACGAUUCUUUCACCGACCGAUAAGAACGGUAGCGAUGAAUGAAGAAAAAACAGCAACGUCGCGGGAACAGCACGAUUCGUGACCACGUUCACAAACACAACCGUUCGAACGGAACAUGCUGCUGGGAAGAAAAGCGCAGGAAAACGGGUGAAAAAAAACACGCGCUAGAAUACCCGCCGGGGCGGAAUCGAUAGAAGCGCCAGAAAAGAAACAAGGAAGAAACCCUGCAAAAGUACGCAAAAACGGAAGAAGUGAUCAGAAGAGGAAGAACACAACGAAAAGCCACAUUUCAAACGCGCGUAUGUGUGUGUUGUGUGUUUUUUUUUUUGUUUGAAAGAGAAAAGAAGAUAUAAACGACAUGAUGAAGAGAACACACAAAAAACAGUUGAACAGCGGGGGUAGUUCCGAAGUGCAUUUAAUGAGCCAUACAAACACACACACACACACGCACGGUAGAAUACAUACCUUAGCACGGCUGUGAAUGUGUGUGCGUAUGCUAGCGGCACACCAACACUAGCACGCGUGCGGUAACGAAACUGCGCUAGCGCCGCCACCAUCGUCACGCUACAGCGGCUACAGUGAGUAAGAAGAGGCGAAGAAGCCCCAUCGGUACGGGAAGCGGCAGAAGAAUACAACCAAGCGAAGAAGCAAAACAGACAGUUCGCGCAACUGCGACGGUACAAGAAGAGCAAGAAGCAACAUAACAGAAAAAAAGCAAUCGAUGAUGAUGAUGACGCUGACGACGACGACGACGACGAGACGACGUAGAUGAGAAAGUUUAAUUGUAGCCCAUUCGCUCUCGCACGUAGAUGUGUGGUGUAUAGCUGGGAAGAAGAAAAGAGACGGCUAGCGGUGGAGUGAGAGUGUGUGUGAAAGAGAAAUGUGAUCGCUGUUUAAAGGUGUAUAUGUGUACAGAAUUUGCAGCACACACCGCAAGGUAAGGCACACCGGGUGCUGGAGAGUGUGCUGCAGAGUUCUUCUCCCAACCGGGAAAAAGGUAAUAGUAAUGUUUUUUUCUUAAAUAGUUAAAAACCCACACGAUGCAAGACAGGCACGAAAACUGUAAGCCCAACUUUGUGGAGGAGUUUAUUGAGCUGUACAAAAGUUUCCCGUGCCUGUGGCAUCGGAAGUCGAGCGAGUACGAGCAGCAGAAGCAGCGCGCUUACGAUGCGCUGGUGCAAAAGUACCGCGAGGUUGAUCCGCAGGCAACCAAGGAGACGGUUAAGCGAAAAAUUAACGCACUCCGAACUGGAUAUCGCAAGCAGUUGCGACGGUUGAAUCGGCCAUCCCGAGCAGCAGGCAGCAGUAGUAGCAGUAACAACAACAGCGACGCCCAGCGGCAACCGACCUGGUGGUAUUUUCAACUGUUUGACUUCCUAGACGACUAUCCCAGCUGGCUGAAGCAGAACGGCCGACAGGAGCAAUCGCAGCAAGCCCAUGUGUCACAGGACUCCGAGGUGGAGCAAGCAGAUGACAUUGAUGACAGUUUGGAGCAGCAGCAGCAGCAGCAGCAGCACCAUACCAUCAAUUCGCAGUGGACUGAAUCGUGUAGUAGUGGCUCACAGCACCAAUUCCAACCACUGACGACUGCGCAACGGCGCAGUACAGCAUCUGCUAGGUUUAGCGGCGAGCAGGAGUUAGACGAGCUGGUGGACCAGAAAUUGAACGACUUCCUACAGCAUGAUCCAUCGGUGGUGUACGGCAAGCAUGUCGCUAACAAGCUGCGGUCGCUGAACGAACUGCAGAACAAGUUCGCCCAGAAGCUGAUCAACGAUAUCAUAUUCGAGGCAGAGAUGGGGAGUUUGAGCAGAGACUGCACCCUGGAAGGAUUGACAGGCGUCGAACCGAACAAUUCCCAAAGGAAUAGUUUGACGCAUCAUUAGGGAAGGUGGAAAUGGUUCGGAGUUUGAGUGUGUUUCAGCAAAGAUUAUCAGGUCUGGACUAUGUUGAGUUAAAAUGUCGUCAUCAAUAUGAAUUGUGAAGAAGAAAAGCCAUAAAUGUGAUGUAAAUGUAAAUGAAUAUUCAAAUGCAUUUAAUGUUUUGUUAAACCUUA